AUGGCGAAGGUGUCGGCGAGCACGCACCAGGACCCGGCCAUCCUCGACAUGCUGGAGAUCAGCAAGAAGCGCCCGCCCAAGCUGAAGACGGCCGACCGGACGGUGUCGGUGCGCAUCGACAACUACUCGCCCGGCGCCGGCAGCGGUGGUGGAGGAGGGGGCAGCGGGGGCCGCGAGGGGGUCGGUGGGGGCAGCAGCCCGAUCCUGCUCGACACCAGCGGGCUGAUCGUGCACCACAGCCCGCAGGUGGAGCGGCUCUCGCCGAUCCCGCUGCCGAAGCACUCGCCCGACCCCUCCAAGGGGUUUUUCCGCGGCGAGGCGUCGCCGACGUCGCUGAAGGUGGAGGACCCGUGGAGCAUCGCGCGCAAGCAGUUCCGCCGCUCGGACACGCUGCACGUCUACUCGCCCUCGAUGCACCAGCUGCGGAAGGCGACCUCGUUCCACUCGCGCACCAACAGCGGCGGCUCGAACCCGGACGAGAUCGUGGCCGCGCCGAUCAUCCGGCACAGCAGCGUCCGCCACACGCACAUCUACCCGCGCGAGUACCUGGUGAAGCAGGAUAGUGGUGGGGGCGCGAGCAGCGGUCCGGGCGACGACGACGACGAUGACGAGGAGCUGGCGGCGGCGGCCUCAGCGGCGGCGGCAGCGAUGGCGGCCGGCUACCGGAGCCACUCACCGAACGUUGGCACCAACCGGCGGAACUGCCACAUGCACCGCUCGUUCAACGACCCCCAGAAGCGGAACGCGGCCUUCCUGCGGCGGGACUCGGUGAAGUUCCACUCGCUCGGCGAGGACAUGCCGGCGGAGGUGGUGGAGCGGAGCCCGCGGGAGGCGAAGAAGUUCAGCUCGGCGAACGCGUCGCUGGAGAACGAGAUCUACCGCUCGCGCAGCAACAGCCGCACGGACAAGAAGGGCGAAUCGUUCUCGGACUUCAUGCAGCGCCAGAACAGCAAGAAGUACCCGGCGAGCACGACCAGCCUCGACCAGGCGCUGCCGGGGGCGGGCGGUAGCUUCCGGCGGACGCUCAUCCAGCACAAGGCGCACCUGCUCAGCCCCAACCCGCCGUUCAUGGACGACGGCGGCUUCAAGCCGCAGAAGUCGCCCAUCUUCGACCAGAAGAAGUCGUACUCGCUGCGGUACAAGAACGGGCGGCAGGACGCGCGCGACAACUUCAAGGCGAAAAAGUCGAAAAGCUUCAUCGUGGACAUGGAGGGGGCGGCGAUGCCGCCGGCGCCGCCGGCCAUCAUAAGCGCCACCGGCAGCCCGUACCGGAAGGACAGCAUGGCGUUCACGCCGGAGGAGGCGGACAAGAUCUACAAGGCGUCCCGCAAGCUGUCCUCCAGCCUGAUGCUGGACGAUCUCGGCCGGACGGACAUCUCGCCCAUCCCGAUGGACAUCAUGGACAUCAACUACGGCGUGAUCAUGAAGACGUACCAGAUGAACCGCCAGAAGUCGCUGAACGCGUCGCGCAAGGGCCGGCGGAAGUUCGCCGACAAGAAGCUGGCGGCCGGCAGCAGCUUCGACGACGACACCGAGUCGUCCAAGAAGCGGAAGCGCAUCGUCUGCAUCGUGAUGAGCGUGUUUCUCGUGCUGGCGCUGCUGAGCGUGCUGGCGGUGCUGGUCACCCUCACGCACACCAGCUCCGGCAGUGCGGCCGGCUCGUCGCCCGCCCAGACCAAGACGCAGUACACGUUCGCGCGCGACACGCCCAUCCACGCCAUCCCGACCUACAUGGUGUCGAAGGACUCGCCCAAGCACUACAACGGCGCCAAUUGA